AUGGAGCCCGAACCCAAGGAACACGCAUCCGAGGAAAAUAAGGCAGAAGAUCAAGAAAAUGCAGCUGUCGAAGAAGAGGAAAAAAAGGAGGUAAAUGAGAACGAAGGGGAAGAAAAAGAGGGAGAAGCAGAAGAGAAAGAAAAAGUCGAAGGCGAAGAAGAAGCGGAAGAUGGGGAAGAAGGAGAGGAAGAGAAUGAAGGAGAAAAGGCAGAGGAAGAAGGGGAGGAAGAGGCUAAUGUGGAACAAGGCGCGAAUUUAGAAGACGUUCAACAUGAGGAGUUUGGUAGCGAGAUCAAACAGCUCCCACCGAACGUAACUCCAGCCAUGCUAAAGAGCAUUAUGGCAUCCGAGGUAGCACAUCUUAAGGCAAUGAAACCGGCCGAAUUCGUUCAACAAAUGGAAGAGUUGAAGCAACUGCACGACCAAAUUUACAUAGCUGCAGAGAAGUUCAUUAAGAGGGUGAUUGCCCAGAUUCCACAGAUUACGCCUGUAUUGAAGAAAGUGAGCGAGUAUGACCAACAGGCGUGCGACAGGGUACUCGAGGCUACAGACGACGACUGGAGAAUGGCUGGAAUCAAUGCAGAAGAACGCGAGAAUAUAAUAGACAUGCUGGAGGAACGCAUGGCGGAGUCGGUGCAGGUAAACUUUGAUUUCACCCAUGAGAUCAGCUACAUCGCCGGUCCACUGACAGUGUGGCGUCUAAAUGCCUGUACCGCGGUGUGGGCGGGCAACAACGAGAUUGUCAACGCGCACAAGGUGACAGCCUUUGUUUUCGACGAUCCCGACGCCAAGCGCAAGCGGGAGGAGGACGAGGAGGCGGAGGCGGCGGCCGCGGCGCUCGCCGAAAAGGCCCGUUUAGAAGAGGAGGCCAGAAGGAAGGCGCUGGAAGCCGAGGAGGCCGAGAGAGCGCGGCUGGAGGCCGAGGCUCACAUCGAGGGCCAGCUGGACCCUGAGGAGAUCGCCGCAAGCGAAAGACCUCCACUGAAGGAGUGGAGCAAAUAUGUAUAUACAGUCGGUGAGGGCGAGGACAUGCGGGUGAUUUGUUAUGUUCGCGCACCACCUGACUGCCUGGUUAGCGAGGACAGACUCAUCUGCAGCUUUGGCGACGCCCUGGCGGAAUGGCCCAACCUACCGGGAAAUUCCGAGGCCAUCGGCAAAUUUGUCUGCAUUAAACCGAGCCACCCGAAGCGCAUUUGCAUUCUCCCGGAUGAGCCUUGGAUUGUUGGCAUCCCACACAAAUACGGCAAGAAUCCUACCAGGGAAGUUGUCGUAUUCUCCAUGGAUGCUGAUGAAUUUGGUCCGCCAAAACAAACUCUUGAACUGGAUGAAACUGAUGAGGCGGAGGCGGAUGCCGAGGAGACAACACAGAAGUUGCCUUGGAUUGAUUUGCAAACAACAGACGUCGCCUACGAAGAUUCGCGGUACCUCGAAAUCAAGCUGACCCGCCUUGGCACAGCGAUCACCCUGGCGCCGGCGGCGCGGAUCAGACGCGACUCGGUGGAAGUGGGCCGCGCCGGAGGAAAACUCAAUUCUCUCGUGGACAAGAGAGUCGUCCUUGUCGUUCCACCAAUGGCCCUCAAAAUCACCUGUAUAUACUCCAUUCAGGUCCAGCCAAUCAGCCAACAUCACGCACACCUGCUGCGAGACCAGAACUUGGCCUUCAUGUCCCAAUUUACAGCCUGCAGUCCUUUAAUACUGCUAACUGGACCAAAGAAGAUCCUGUUUAAGAUGGCAACGUGGACGCUGCCCUUGACUGAUGCCAAUCCAUCAACUCAAGUGGUCAUCAUGUCCACCGCCAACAUGCCCGAGGCUUUCACUGGGCGUAGGAAGACAAAAGGAGGCAAACCCGGUGGACCAGGAGGCCAAGGGCAGCCUGGCGACUCUGACGACGACAAUGACGUGGGUUCAGAUGCGGACAGUCAGGGGGGCGGUAGUCCACGCGAACUCGACCCCUUCCAGCGCUCCCUCCUGCUGCCAAAGUUGCUGGCGGGAGCAAACUCAAGUCAUGCUGAGGUCGCGCUGAUGUAUUCAGGUCUUGAGAACUCCAACUGGAAGGUCUGGGAAAAUGUUGAAUUCGUUGAGACAAAGAAUGUUGACGUGUGCGUCUUCAACUGUCGCCGGCUGUUACCACGCAAGAUCAUGGCAAUCCAGACACGAACUGUAGUGGACAAUGACAGUCUCAUCCACAUGGCCCAGGUUCUUGAGAGGAGUCUUUCUCAGCGCAUUGUCUACGCUUGUCUGCGUCAGAACAAGGCUGAACCUGGCCGUAUUUGCUUCGCACUUUGCCUGACUCGUGACCUCGACACGACCUUGAACCAAAUGGCAGCUAAGGGAUACACCGAGGGCGGCAAACCUAUUGGUCCAUUGUUCAUCUAUGAGAGACAGACAUUUGACAUAAUCUUCAAAGGAAAUGUCCGGCCCAAAAAGCAAACAGUUGGCAGAAGCUCAGGCCGGCUGGUCACUGAUAAAGGCAAAGUCCGCAUUACAUUCAAUACUUCGCUUCGAAACGAAUAUGUCGUUGAUGUUGAGGAGUGCGAUCCGAGUGCGCAGGUGGCCUGUGAGAAGUACCGUGGUUUCAUUGAAAUCUCCUACAAGCAGAAGGUGAAGGUGCCCGUGAAACGAGGCAAAGGACAACAAAACCGUUCAGGUCCAAUGAAGAAAUUUGUCAUGGAGACGCAGACAGUCCUGCUAUGCCAGCUCCUCAUCACGCUACCCAAGAAGUCCAUUGAACAGGUCGUCGACGAAGACACCAUCUCCUAUCACUUUCAGCCAAAUGACGCCGUGACUGACGAGUUUAUAAAGAACCUCGCUCGCAAGCUGCCUGGUGAGUCCUGGCGGCGUCUGGGCAUCGCGUUGGACAUGUCCCGGACCCAACUGCAGGCCAUUGGAGGUCGCGCUGAGUCCUCCGGCAGAAACAAGGCUCUCACGACGCUCAAAACGUGGAUUAAGAACCUCGAGCUUAGGGUAGACAGAGUUGCGAAGCUCAAAGCCGCACUAAUGACAAUAGGCCGAGGCGACCUGGCGUCUGAGCUUCAGAUGGCCAGGGAAAGAAGAGGCGAACUGACGGUGACCUCUUCCGUGUCCAGUGAGACGCCGCCUCUCCUCAAGUCGGCCAGCGCCGUCCCUUCGUAA